AUGGAGGAGAACGAUGUUCGUAAUAUGGGCCUCGAACAAAUGAGUGAGUUUUAUAUUCUAUAGUUCAAAAGGAAACCAUUUAAAACAUUUAAAGGACGUGAAAGACUUAUGCUGGCGAGCGAGUUGAAAUCAAUUGAAUCACAAAUAUCCGAUCUUGCAUUCAACAACUAUGGAACUUACGCUGACGCAGGUCGUGCAACUCAUGAUUGUUCAAAAACUUUCGGAGAAAUGCGAGACAAAACUGUUGAUUUGUCAGGCCAAGCGGAUGAGUUGACACAAGCUUUUUCAGACUUUCGAACUAAAUCUAAAGUUCUUGCGGCUGAGCAGGAAUUGACAAAGAAGGCUUUAGAUAAAACAAAUCCAAUUUGGGAACUUUUAUCAUUACCAAGUGUAAGUUUUUAUCUUUCUAAUCAUUCUUUUCUUUAAAAAUUCGGUUUUUUUAGAGAAUGGAUGUUUGUAUUCGCGCUGGUUAUUACGAUCUCGCCUAUACUCUAACCAACUAUGGAAUGCAACUUCAAAAUCAAUCAAAUCUCUACAAAAAUCCAUUGAUCAAGAAAGUUGCUGAUCGAUUAGUCGAAGCUCGUUCUUAUCUUCUCGAAGAACUUUUCAAUAAAUUCGCGGGACCAUUGGAUUUGGCUGAAUCUAUUAAAGUUGUGAAUAAUGUUAGAAAAAUGCCAUAUCUGACUGCAAACCAAUUGAGAAUUGCUGUUUUACAACAUCGAGAUAUUUAUUUGGAUAAAUUGAUUUUGGAUAUUUCGGUAAGUGUUUUUUCAUGA